UUUUUUUUUUGCCUUUGCCGUAUUGUGUGUCAUUUUGUGGAACUCGAACCUCUCAUUCUCUCAUUUUUUUUUUCUUUUUCAUCUCUUCCUCUUACGUAAGAACCCUAACGAAGUCGAAGAUUCUCUGGUAGAUCUAUCUUGAUUCGAUUUGAUUCGAUUCGAAAGAGGUGAAGUUCUUACUAAGUCAGAGGUAUAUAACAGAGAGAGGAAGCUAUGGAUUUGGAUCAAUGGAUUUCCAAAGUUAAAGAUGGUCAGCAUCUUUCCGAGGACGAGCUUCAGCUUCUUUGCGAAUACGUGAAAGAAAUACUCAUUGAGGAGUCAAACGUACAGCCUGUAAACAGUCCUGUCACCGUCUGUGGUGAUAUACAUGGCCAGUUUCAUGAUCUCAUGAAGCUUUUUCAGACUGGAGGUCAUGUUCCAGAGACAAAUUACAUAUUUAUGGGAGACUUUGUGGAUAGAGGUUACAACAGCCUUGAAGUCUUCACUAUUCUUUUACUUCUUAAAGCUAGACAUCCAGCCAAUAUUACACUUUUGCGUGGAAAUCAUGAAAGUAGACAGCUAACGCAGGUGUAUGGAUUCUAUGAUGAAUGCCAAAGGAAGUAUGGUAACGCUAAUGCGUGGCGAUAUUGCACAGAUGUUUUUGACUAUCUUACCCUGUCAGCUAUUAUAGAUGGCACAGUUCUAUGUGUUCAUGGUGGCCUUUCCCCGGAUGUUCGGACAAUUGAUCAGAUAAGACUGAUCGAGCGAAAUUGCGAAAUUCCUCAUGAAGGGCCCUUUUGCGAUCUUAUGUGGAGCGAUCCUGAAGAUAUUGAAACAUGGGCGGUUAGUCCACGUGGAGCUGGUUGGCUUUUUGGAUCCAGGGUUACCACUGAGUUUAACCAUAUCAACAAGCUUGAUCUAGUAUGCCGCGCCCACCAGCUUGUACAAGAAGGUCUCAAGUACAUGUUCCAAGAUAAAGGCCUUGUAACUGUGUGGUCUGCACCUAAUUACUGUUACCGCUGUGGCAAUGUCGCGUCUAUAUUGAGUUUCAAUGACAACAUGGAAAGGGAAGUGAAGUUCUUCACAGAGACAGAAGAGAACAACCAAAUGAGGGGGCCAAGAAGUGGAGUUCCGUAUUUCCUAUGAAGAAUCAACACACUAUUAUAUUUGCUGUGAUGAUAAAGAUGAUGAUGAAGCCAUUGCUACCAUUGGCAAUAUGUUCAGUGUUGAAAAGGUUAAUAUAUAAUUAUAUAUAUUAUCUACUGAUGGGUUUCACUUACUUCGAUUAUUUUUGUCCUCCUCUAGGUUACAUUUUCCAUGUGAAAUUUAUAAGUCCAACACUUUGGUAAUAGUUAUUAGUCGUUUUGAGUCUUUUUGCUCAUGUUUCCCCCAAAUCUUUCUUCUGUAUGUUUUUCUAUUUUU